GAGAGAGAGAGAGAGAGAGACAGAGAGAGAGAGACAGAGAGAGAGACAGAGAGAGAGAGACAGAGAGAGAGACAGAGAGAGAGAGAGACAGAGAGAGAGAGACAGAGAGAGACAGAGAGAGUGAGAGAGAGAGAGAGAGAGAGAGAGAGAGAGACAGAGAGAGAGACAGAGAGAGAGACAGAGAGAGUGAGAGAGAGAGAGAGAGACAGAGAGAGAGAGACAGAGAGAGAGACAGAGAGAGAGAGAGACAGAGAGAGAGAGACAGAGAGAGACAGAGAGAGUGAGAGAGAGAGAGAGAGAGACAGAGAGAGAGACAGAGAGAGUGAGAGACAGAGAGAGAGACAGAGAGAGAGACAGAGAGAGAGAGACAGAGAGAGAGACAGAGAGAGAGACAGAGAGAGAGACAGAGAGAGUGAGAGAGAGAGAGAGAGACAGAGAGAGAGAGAGAGAGAGACAGAGAGAGAGACAGAGAGAGUGAGAGAGAGAGAGAGAUUGUAUUGUUGUUUUGGUUAAAGUAGGCGGAGCUUCUAUUGUGGAUGUGGCCAGUGUGUGAAUACCAAACACACACACACGCACACACACACGCACGCACACACACACACACACACACACACACACAGACAGACUCGAAACCAACUGGGACCACCUGAAACACGGACAGUAUUAAAGCUCUACAGAAAACACAGGAGCUCCACUGACUGAAUACAACCUAGACAGACGCCAACAGUCAGACGUUCAUCGCUAUCUCGGUAACACAGGCGCUGUGCCGAGCCGAGCGUACACCCCCACUUAUUACACACACAUGAACACACAGCAGCACAAACCCAACUUUUACAUCAACAAUAAACAGAAUAGUAAAUACAAUAACAUUGCUGUUCCCGUAAAUGAGCUGCUGGAGCUCCUUCACAGCGUCAACCAGCAGCUCAGUUUCCUCUGCUGAGAAGAGUUUGUUGAACACGUCCAGGUAGCUGCACCGUUACAAUAGCAAUCCACCAAAGACAGAGCUCACCUGAUCUUCUCUUAAAGAGAAUGAUGAGCUCUUAAAGAGACACUCUGAUUGGUUUAUUAUUUCACGUUUCGCCCAAAAUUAACCACACCCAUGAAUAAUUAAUUAAGUGAAUUAAUACAUGACUUUUGCACAUUGUGUACUUUUCCCGUCGUUACGAUAGCAAAGACACUGACACGCCCUAAAUACAUCUGUACAGAGCAGCGUUCAAAUAGAGUCCAUACAGUUAGAGGUCAGUAAGAGUCAGUGUGUGUGAUUGUGAUUAUAAAUGGCUCCACUUUUCAUUACUGAACUAUCACACACACACACACACACACACACACACACAUAUACACGUGCUAUUUUUUGUGUAUAUCUGUAGUGGCUGCCAAGCUUUCUUUCUCACACACACACACACACACACACACACUUCUUCAGUCUUUAUUAUGAGGAAGUGCUUCUGCAUAGGUCGUCAUUCAGGAGAUAGAAGAAAAGGGUGUGGUAUAAACACACACACACACACACACACACACACACACUCAGCAGGGUGUUGGGGGUUGGGUGUAGGAAUUCUUCAGUUUACCUGCAGGAACUCGGUGGAUGACGCAGCGCUCUCAAAGCAGUAGAAGAUGUUCCCCACGGUCUCGGCGUAUAAGAACCAGCACUACUCGGAGCUGAAGAGAGAGUGUUUACAGCAGAAGAAACUGUUUGAGGAUCCAGAGUUUCUCUGUUCUAACAGAUCCCUGUUCUACAGAACCCCCCCGCCCGGCCCAGUGCAGUGGAAGAGACCCGGGGAGAUGUGUGAGGCUCCUCGGCUGUUUGUGGAGGGGAUCAGUGCUCAUGAUCUGAAUCAGGGGGAGGUGGGGAACUGCUGGUUCGUGGCGGCGUGUUCCUGCCUGGCACUGAAACCACAGCUCUGGCAGAAGGUAAUUCCUAACUGGAAGGAGCAGGAAUGGGAUCCGGAUCGUCCGGAUCGUUAUACCGGAAUCUUCCACUUCCAGUUCUGGAUUUUUGGCGAGUGGACGGACGUGGUGGUGGACGACCGUUUACCCACCAUUAACGGAAAGCUGAUUUACUGCCACUCCAAAUCCAACAACGAGUUCUGGAGUGCUCUGCUGGAGAAGGCCUACGCCAAGCUGUCUGGGUGUUAUGAGUCUCUGAACGGGGGGAACACUGGAGACGCGGUGGUGGAUUUUAGUGGAGCUGUAAAUGAACCCGUCAGUCUGGAGACCGGAUCCUUCAGAACCGACUCUAAAACCCGGGAGAAACUGUUCUCAGACCUGCUGAACGUAAACGACCAGGGAGGAAUCAUCAGCUGCUCCAUCGCCGCGUCUCCUCAUGAGAGAGAGCUGCGAUUGGCUAACGGGCUGGUAAAAGGCCACGCCUACUCAGUGACGGGGGUCCGGAGGGUCCGGCUGGGUCACGGUCUGCUGGCCUACUUUAAAAACGACACCGUGGAUCUGAUCCGAAUGAGGAACCCCUGGGGGAAACACGAGUGGAGGGGAGCCUGGAGCGACAGUUCUGAGGAGUGGCAGAAGGUGGGCUCUAUGGAGAGGGGUAACCUGGGAAUCACAGUGGAGGAUGACGGAGAAUUCUGGAUGUCGUUUGAUGACUGGUGCCAGAACUUCACGGAUGUUGACGUGUGUCGGCUGAUGAACACCUCGGUUCUGAGUCUGCAGAAGAGAUGGAGGGAGGUGGUUCAUUUCGGAAGUUGGAUCAAACACUCGGAACCGCUGAGGAACCGGAGCGGCGGCUGCAUGAACCACCGACAGACUUUCUUACAGAACCCACAGUAUAUAUUAGAUCUGCAGGAUGAAGAUGAGCUGUUGGUGUCUCUCCAGCAGAGAGAUAUGAAGAUCCACAGAGCUCACGGUCAGGGAGAAAACCUCACCAUCGGAUUCGCCAUAUUUAAGGUGGAGUUGAACAGGAAGUACCGGAUGCAUGACAUCAUCACUCAGCAGAACGUGGCCACCUCCACCUAUAUAAACGCUCGCUCGGUUUUCCUGAGAAAACUUUUACCUAAAGGCCGUUACAUCAUCAUCCCGUCCACCUUCACGCCGGGGAUUCUGGGAGAUUUCAUGCUGAGGGUUUACGCUAACCAGGACUUGAUCUGCAGGGAGCUGGAUGUGGAUAAGCCGAGUGUGCGCUGCUGGAGCUCGUUUAUGGGGUAUCCUCAGGUGGUUACUCAGGUUUAUGUUCACGGAGCAGAAGGGCUGGAGAAUCAGGACAGUAGUGGAGGUGCCGAUCCGUAUGUGAUCAUUUCCUGUGAGAAGAAUUCCAUCCAAUCAGAAGUUCAGAAAGACACCCGGGAUCCUCAGUUCGACAUCAGAGCCAUUUUCUACAGGAAGAAGCCCAACAAACCAAUCACCAUCCAGGUGUGGAACAGUAACGUGGUGAAGGAUCAGUUCAUGGGUCAGGUGGUUCUGCCGGCGGUUCUGAAGGACUCGGCUGAUCCUCAGAAGCUCCAGUUGAAGAAGAGAGGAGGACAGAAGGACGGAGAGAUGCCCGGAAAGAUCAGCCUCCGGAUUGUAACGGUCAGGGAGCUCACAGCCAUGUAGCAGAACCUCAGAACCAACGUCUAGAACCUCCACAACCUACAGCAGAACCCAGAGUACCGUUAAAGCAAUAGAUCAGCUAAUAAUCAAUAUCUUAACCCGAGUUUACUGAUCAGCCAGGACAUGUUCCGUCCCCGAAAUUCACGUCUUUAACUUAAAAAAUUAGACGCUAGUUAGCAUGGUGCUAACAUGCUAACUAGCAAAAAGCUAAUUUUAGACAGAAAAGAUUGGAGGCUAAUGUUGCUAAGAAUUAAAGAAAAUGUUCCACUAUCCACUUAGCACCCAGUUAGCAUAUUAGAAAUUAGUUAUAAAGUCAGAAAUUGUCACCUAUCCACUGAAGUUAGCAUGAUGCUAAGUUUAAAAGUCAACUUCAGUGUUUAGUACAACUUAAUUAUUAUUAUUAUUAUUAUUAUUAUUAUUAUUACACACAAUUAAAUAUAAAACAAACAUACUUGAGAUAGCAAACACUACAAGCUAAUGUAGCUAACAAGUAAUAAAAAAAUGUACUUACUUAUUAAUUAGCAUGGUGCUAACUACAAAAAGCAAAUUCUGACAGCAAAAAUGCUACCGCACCAAUUAGCACAAUGCUAACUAUUAAAUAAACACACUUAAGAGAGCAAACACUACAAGCGUAUGUAACUAACAAGAAAGUAAAAACCUAUUCACUUGAAUUAGUUAGAAAGUUAGAAAUGUUCCCCUAUUCACUUAAGUUAGCAUGUUAGAAAUUCACUAAAGUUAGAAACUAUCCACUAAAAUUAGCAUUUUAGAAAUUAGUUCGAAAAUUAGAAAUGUUCCACUAUCCACUAAAGCAUGUUGCUAACUUUAAAAAUCAACUUUGGUUUUCAGAAAUGGACUCCAUUGUACUUUAGAAGUAAUGGAAGCUCAUAUUAUAAUGAUUAGCAUGUUGCUAACUAUAAAUGAAAACAGUUCAGACAGCCAAUGCUAAUAACUUACCUGCUAAGUAGCAUUGUGCUAACUGUCAACAGCAAACUACAGGCAGCAACAACUAAAGGCUAAUGCAUAUUGAAUACUGAAUAAUAAAUAUAUAAGCGCACCAAUUAGCAUAAUGCUAACUAUAAAAAGCAAACUGCAGACAGAUAAAGCAUAAGGCUAAUGCAGGUAAAAAUAAAUUAAAGCUUAUAUCUCACCGAUUAGCAUGAUGAAGCUUGCAAUAAUAAAGAAUAAGUAAUGGAUGCAUAAAUCUUACCAAUUUACAUGGAGCUUUCUACUACAGACAGCAAACAUUUAUAAUCCACCAAUUAGCAUAAUGCUAACCACAAAAAAGUAAACUUCAGAUAUUAAAGACCAGAGGCUAGUAGGGCUACCAGACAACUGAAAAACUACAAAAAGCAAAACUUCAGAAAGUACAUAAAUUCUACCAGCAUCCAACUAGCAAACAGACAGCAAAAACUUAGCAUGUUGCUAACUUCAAAAAGAGGAAACUUCAGAUAUUAAAGUAUUAAAGUAGUGAUGCUAACAGACAAUGGAAGCUUAUAGCCCACUAAUUAGCCUUGUGCAAACUACAAAAAAAACAAACUGCAGACAGGAAAAACUAAAGGUUAAUGAUGCUAACAGUUAACUGAAGCUUAUACCCCACCUAUUAGCAUGAUGCUAACUACAAAAAAACAAAAUUCGGACCACAAACACUAGAGGCUAAUGUAGCUUAGAAGUAAGGUAAAAGUAUUAAUGUAGAAAUUAUUACAAAAGGCAAAAUUCUGACAGCAAAAAAAUGCUAUUCCACCAAUUAGCACAAUGCUAACUACGAAAUAAAAACACACUUCAGAGAGCAAACACUAUAAGCUAAUGUAGUUAGCAAGUAAUGAAAAUUUAAUCAGUUAUUAAUUAGCAUGUUGCUAACUACAAAAAAGUAAACUUCAGAUAAUAAAGUAUUAAAGUAUUAAAGUAGUGAUGCUUACAGGCAAUGGAACCUUAUAGCCCACUAAUUA